GUCGAGUUCGCUUUUAUUUCUGAACGGUGUUAGCGGAAGUUCGUUUGUUUCGGUUAGCUUACAACAGUCCGGAGUGUGGUCAGUUUCUUCGCAGCGUGGAUCGUGUAGCUGAAGAAAACAGAUGGAUGAAAAACUCUCAGAGGAGAAUGGAGAGGCAUUAGGAGUGCAAAAGGAGGAUGAAGAGGAGAUGGAAGUUACAGUGACAACACCUUUGGAAAAUCUCAGCGUUAACCCCGAAGAUGCCGAUAAGUCAUCAGAUACACAAACGGUUCCAGUGAGGACAGAAGAUGUAAAUGCGGACUCAACAGCAGCUAAGCUUCCUGUUGACAGUGAGUUUAAGUCUGAAGACUGUGAUGAUGAAGAUUCGGAUGACUCGGACAGUGACAGCUCGUCAUCUUCCUCCUCCUCUUCUUCAUCUUCUUCAUCAUCAUCCUCAUCUAAUUUUGCUCGGGUGUUUGGGGAGGAAGACGAUGAUGAAGGUUUCAGCCAACCAGCCCCCGUCAAGACCAGAGAUGAAGUCUUGCUCGAGGAGCUACCUGCAGUGGAGGAGGUGUCUGUGUCAUUACCAGAAGAAGCAGAACUGCUGCCUGUAGGAACCAUCUCCAGCAUUAUCCAGCAACUCGUUGUCGUCCAGUCUCUGAAGGACACGCCCCCUCUGAAUGAUGACAGCAUCAUCUUUAGAUCUGAUAGGGUGGCAGUGGGUAAGGUGUUUGAGGUGUUCGGUCCGGUGUCCAGUCCGCUCUACAUUCUGCGCUUUAACUCUGUGGAUCAGAUCAGCACUAAAGGUCUGACAGAGGGACUCACUCUGUACUACACACCGAGAAUGAAAGAAUACACAGCGUACAUCCUCACCCAGCAGCUCAAACUUUUGAAGGGAUCUGAUGCAUCGUGGAAAAAUGACCAAGAACCACCUAAAGAGGCUUUAGAUUACAGUGAUGAUGAGAAGGAGCAUGAAGCGAAAAGGAAAACAAAAAACUCCAGGAAGAAGAAGGACAACAACACUGCAGAUAACUCUGACCACAGUACCCAGAACACCUUGCAACAGCAGCAUGGCGAAAGGGGUUUCCCUCCCAGACACGCAGGGGCUCCAUUCAGGCACCAGAACCCAAGACACAAACAACCACCUUUCAAACACUCACACACACCACCUAGACACAUGCACCCGCCACCUAGACACACACACGCCCCUCCCAUGUACCUCCCCCCUCCGUGCCCUUACCCCCCUCCACCUCCUCACCACUUUCCCCCACCCAACUUCCCUCUCUACCCUCCUCCUCCUCCCUCUUUCUUCAACCCUUCCUUCUCAUCUCCUCUGUGGCCUCCUAACUCUAUCCCCUUCUCUAACCUCCCCCCUCCUCCUCCCCCACCUCCCCCUCCUCAGUGACAGCCAAAACACCCUCUGAACAUGUAGUGAUGUGAAAAUUUAAAAACAUUCUUUAAAGAGCAGACGAGGCAAUCUGACGCCUGGGACUAACUUCACUCCCUGCCACUACUGUGAUUUCAUUUUUUAACUUUAAUUUUUAAGAUAUCAGUUAUUUGAUUUGUAUUCAACACCUCUGAAAACAUUUUUGACAUCUUCAGACCCUCAUCAGAGAAAAUAGUUGCUUGUUAAAGUGUCCGCCCUCAGCCCUCAAAUACCGCUGUGUCUUAUACUGUGUUCUGUUAGCAGUUUACUUCUUGCACCAGCUUCACUUUUGUAGAUUUCUCAGUUGUGUUUUUUUCUCUGCUGCUUUUGUCCCUUUUUUCAUUUUUCCCACCACAUACUAACAAUUGCCAAAAAUGAACAAGACUUCUAUCCAAGCAUUGAUAUGUAUAUUAGUCAGUCCUCUAGCAUCUGUGAUUAGAGCUGCAUCUAUAGCAACAGUCUGCCAUGGAGAAAUAACAGACUGCUGCUAUGUAAUGACGAAUCAGAGUCAAGUAUUUAACACAGCUGUGUAAUGGAUUCCUGUAACACACACUAACACAGAUGAAGUAACUAAUGGAAAAAGUAAUACACCUGUAUAUUACACUCUCACCUGUCCUCCUUUGACAACAUGAGGUAACAGCAUAUUUAAGGACACCUCACUAAAUGUGUGUAUUUGAUCAAUAAAACCACGCUGAAGAAUAUGAUUAUGUUCACCCUUUACACCAAAAUGAGUGUGUGGAGACAAUCAGCUCAUGGUGCAUUUAGAGCUAAAUGACAGGCGUUCUGUACACUUGUGUUCACAUGAGAUGUGUUAGCAGUAUAUUCACAUCUUACUCUUGUAUUCCCAUUUUAGGGUUUCAAAUAAAUACUUUGGUCUCACAUUACAGUGCACAUGCAAACUUUGCUGAGAUUGCUCUUACACAAGCUGAGCUGUAGAAUGUUUUGUAAGGACAUGCAUUUGUUGUGUAUUGCACUUUUACACCAUUCCUUAAAUGUAUUCGGAUGUGUUGAGGUCCUGUUUUGGUUCUCAGUCCAUCAUGUUGUCCACAGCUGAGAACUUCAGGGACUUCAUGUGCUUUGUCGAACCGAAUGAGCAAGUUUCAUCCUGUUAUCUUUUGCGAUGCUUCACAAACACUCACUAACUUUUUUUUUUCACUGGUUGUGAGUGAGCUUCUGUAACCAGUACUUCGCCCAUUGUCUGAUAUUGUAAUCCACUCUAUAUGUAAAUAUCAGCGUUUUCUUCAUUUGAUGCUGUGCCUAAAUGGGCAAUAAAAGUCUUUGUGUAAGAUAUA